UUAGUGGAGGGAGGUGGUACGUCUCAGCUGAGCGUAGUAUAGAGGUAGAACGCUGACGCGAGGGCGAGUUAGUUGCGAAUGAGCGCUCGUCGGGCGAGCGUCGUUGCGACGUCGGUCGAUAAUGUCAUCUCGUGAUCGACGAGCAGCCAUCGGAUCUUGAGGAUCAUCGUAUAUGUGCGCAUGAACGUGAUCAUUCUAUGUAUACACAGAAAACGCAUGAUCGAGAGCAUACUGCUUGCUACGCGUAGUGUUUUGAUACGUGUUUUGUAGAGUGUGCAGUGCGUUGAAUAGCAGUACAUAACUGUUUUCUUGUUGUUGUCGCGCCGCAUCGUGUAUCGCGUAGACGCGCAUCGCAUCGAAAUCCUAUCGUAUUUCUGGAAUACGGCCGACGCGCAGACACACGGGCUCCGACGAUCAAGAAGAAAGGAAACGCGUGUCCGCGGCCCGUGCGCGCGAAUGUUACGGAAAACCGUAACUGCUACGCUUACGUUUGCGAUUCUGCCUGAAAGAGUGGUCGCUAUCGUGCGUCGCAAAUUCGCGGUUUGCCGCCAAUCUCGCGCGAUCAUCUGUCGACUGCCUCUCUCCUAAAAUCUAAAACUAUCUCUCGCGUAUUUACGCCGAAGCAAGUGUCGCGCACAGUGCCGUUGCUGCCAGUGAUCGCAACAGCGGUAAGAAAAGCACACAUACACACGAUAGUGGUAAAAGAAAAAGGAGAGGAAAAAGAGGGGAAAAGCCGAAGGAAGAGGAGAGGAGAGGAGAGAAGAAAAGAAAGAGCUGGUCGAACGAGGUACAGAAGAAGGAUACAGUCGUAAACACGGGGAAAGAUUCAAGGUCGAGGAGACGCGAGACGCAAAAUACUCUUGGCGCGGGAGGCUCGAUUUUCUACGAAUCGAUAUCGCAAUUUUUCCAAGUGUAGUGUAUCGUUCUGAGCAUCGGAGACCGAAAGUGAAGUGAUAUACGAAAUUUUCUGUAAAUCUCGGCACAAAAAUGGUGCCGCAACAGCAAGAUAGUCCCUCUAGUUCCGGGAUUCCUAUGUUUGGUUCGUUGCUUGUGGAUAAAAAUUCAACGACACCGUACUCGGAUGCCACACAGACGAAGAAGAACAAUCCUAAUCAUAUUAAGAGACCGAUGAACGCGUUCAUGGUCUGGUCACAGAUCGAGCGGAGGAAAAUAUGCGAGAUUCAGCCCGACAUGCACAACGCGGAGAUUAGUAAACGGCUAGGAAGACGCUGGAAGACGUUGGACGAAGCGGAGAGAAGGCCUUUUAUCGAGGAGGCGGAAAGACUUCGACAGUUACACAUGGUGGAAUAUCCGGAUUACAAGUACAGACCGAGGAAAAAAGCAUCAAAACCAACGGGAGGCGGCGGUGGUGGUUCUAUAAGUACGAAAGUAAAAGAAGGCAACAAAAAGCCGCGAAAGUCGGCGGGGGGUGGUAUUUCCUCGUCGUCAUCGAUGGGAGCAACGAUACUGGGCAAGAAUCACACGCGUAACGAUAACAACAACAAUACGCAUACGACGAGCGGUAGCGCGAACGCAGGAGUGGUUGGUACAAUGGUGAAGAGGUUGCAAGCUCACUCCAGCAGUACCAAACCUGUAUCGCGUUUGAAGGUCAGACUGGCGCUUGACAAAAGACCUUCUCUCGACUAUACUCCUACCCCUCCGAUCGUUACCGCCAAAAUACCCAGCAGUCCAUCAUGCGGUACGCCAGAUUCUCCGGAAUCCGCCAGUUUUUACGAAGACAAUUUUCUCGAGUGCGGUUCGACCGCCUCCCGACUUGCCGCCAUAUCCUCUGGUCCGGCUUCGGUGGAAAAUACCGAGCGCCGUACUACGAUCAGACACGGUACUACAGCUGUCGUUGGGAAAAUCAAACGGGAACCUAGUUUCGAGAUGGAUUAUGAAACGACGUUCGAGCCAAAAGACCGAUUGCUGUCGUCGGUCGGACCUGCCGCCUCGAAUCCAGCUAACGUUACCUUUUCCACAUCCGUCGAUGACAUGAGUCUACUUUCGGAAAAAAGUUUUCGUACUCGAACACCUUGCCACGGCAAUCAUCAUCGCCACCAACAUCAUCAGCAGCAGCAGCAGCACAAGCACGACCUUCGUCAUCACUCGCACCUCGAACGUCGAUCCAACUCUUUGGUGAAAGAGGAAUUAGACACGACGACAGCGGCUCCGACGCCGACAACCGCGACCACCCUCGUCAAGAACAAAUCGAUCGAGGAUAUGGAUAUAGGAAUGGAAAUGGACAUGGAUAUAGAAAUCAAAAUGGAAAUGGAAACAAAUUCGCCGACGUCUGUCGCUAGUAUCGGUGGCGGUAUUGCCAGCGGUAGCACGAGUAACAUUGGCAAAACGACAGCGAUGCUGAACGAGCGCACUCAACGUACGUCGUCGAAAUGUUCUUCGACCAUAGUUACCAGAACCGCUACCAUUCCUACCGUCGCACCUUCCGCGAUUCAAACUUCGGAUCUAGUGUCGACGAACCCAAUGGUCAGCGACGCGAUGUCGAACGAUGACUCGCUAGAUGCUAACAGUAACAACAUUGUGGUCAACUCAGGGGAUGCGACUAUUGCCGCGACGGUCGUCAAACUCGAGGAACCUGCCAACAAUCCGAGCUUGGCGGAUCUUUACUCGCUAACGGAUCUAUUGCAGAUACAACCGUCGGAUUUCAAGAUAGAUCUUGACAUGGAAACAAUAACCACCGAUUUGGAUACUUUCGAAACGGCCAGUUCCAGUAGUGGAUCACACUUCGAGUUUUCUUGUACACCGGAUGUGACAGAUAUGUUGUCUACUAUCGGUGUAGGCAGCGAUUGGGUCACGUUUUGAGAGAACGAGAAUGGGCAAGCUAUCGCUCAGCGGUGCAAAGUCCCGAAAUCUCUUCGUCUCACGCGCACUGUCCGCAUACUCUGCACAGUCCUUAUAUCGUUUCUACUUUCUCGUCUAUACUACGAACGUUUUAGACGAGGUGGCUGGCUGCGGCUAAUCCAACGAUUUCGAGAAUGUGCCGCGACACGACAUAGAUGCAGCACUCGUCUUCUUUGUAUAUCUCUUGUGUAGUAUAUUAGAUUUAAGAACUAUAUUUUCAUCUGAACGGCAUUACUAUAAACGAAUGGUAGAACAGGGUCUUUUCCCACAUCCCUGCGUAUGAAGCGAAAACAGAAGAGAGGGAACAGAAAAAAGAAGUAUGUGGAGAGUGUUCGCGAGUGUACAGUUAACGACAAAUGCAAAGUGAGACGCGUGCAAUUUUUCCAACUAAAUAUUUAAAUAUUCGUCAUCUUCUCGUCUUAUUUUUCUUUCCCAUCGCUUUAUAUUUUCGUUUCUUGUAUUCGCGUUUGUUACCUGUGCCGUCUUCUUCGUAUUUUCGGUUCCCUGUUUCAUCAAUGGUACCACGCACGGUAUACAUCAUAGCGCUACCCGUUAGAACGAACGUGAAUCCUCGAUACGCGUAAAACGUUUGAUCUCAUAUUUUCUAUUUACCUCUAGAGAUACGCAACGCGGCGGUAUACGCUUUCAACGAGUAAUUUGAUUGUCGAUAUAAACGCAAUCGUCAGAUCUCUUGUAUCUACGUCAAAUCUUUUCAACGGGCCAACGCAUGCCGAAUCGCCAAUGUACCAAGACUUGUUGAUGACUACACUGCCGAUUAAAAUAUCUUUUUCACACCGAGUUUGCGUCGGUUUGCUCAGCAACGCGCAUCAAAUAAUUACCAAACGAAUAAAUUUACACGCGAUAUCUUGUGUCUUUGUCUUUA